AACUGUUCACCGUGCACUGGAGUACUGAGGACUUUUAUUUUCGUAGAAUUUUGGCGGUACUAGUUUUAAUUACAUAAACAAAAACAGUCACAACUUGAUUACCUGAACAAUAUUUGGAAAUGUGCUAUUAAGCUAUUCUGUGCUAUUGUAAAAACUUUCUACAAAGUUUCGAUUUCUUGUGGAUACCGAAAGUGAAACUCCUUGUUGUGUUUUUGUUGUGAACAAUUUGAGUUUUGAAAUUGACUAAUCUUUGGACGCCAUGUUUGUUCUGAUAGCUUAGUUAUGGAAAAGAAUAAUUCAAGAAUUUUUAGUUUUCAUUUGCAAAAUUUAUUCAAUAUUACAGUUGUUUCUCCAUAUUAAGUUUGAUACUAUCAAUUCUAGCUUGAAACGAAUUAUUUUUCUUGCGUGUUAUAACUAAGAAUUGAUAAAGUUGUUUACAUGGCAUAAACCGUGAUGAGAUAAAAGUUAUUACAAGGAUAAAUCAGUAACUUUUUCUCCUUUUUAUAUUGUAACAAGAGUUUUUAUCACAAAAAAUAAUGGACGAAGCAAGUUUAGAAAUUGUUAAUGCCGGUGAAAUGUAUCCAAAGCAAGCAUUUGUAUCAGAUGAUGGUAUAUGUACAACGUCUUUCCCCUUACUUAGUGGAGAAAACCCACUGUUUAGAGGACGGACAUCAGAAGGAGUUAUUGUUGUAACAAAUUAUCGUUUAUAUCAUCCAGAAGGAACUUAUAUAAAUAUUCCACUUGGAUUAAUCGACUAUGUAGAAUGCAGAGAAAUCUUCUAUUUGUAUAUUUGUUGCAAAGAUGCACGCACCUUUAGGUGUAUCUUUGAUAAUACUGAUGAAACCCAAAAGUGGCUGAAGAGAAUUCAGAACUGUAUUAAACUGCCGGAAAAGAUUGAUCUUUGUUUUGCAUUUCGCUUUCUUUCAUGGACCAGGGAAGAGCAAAAAGAUAGUAUUGUCUCUCAAGCUCAUAAUAAUUCGUGGGCAUUACUUGAUUCCAAAGAUUCAUCAGUUGAGGAUAUUACAUCUGAAGCUGAACGCAUGGGUUUUGAUCUGAAGAGUGUGUGGAAAAUAAGCAAAGUUAAUGAAGAUUAUCAGUUUUGCCCUAGUUAUCCUCGCUAUAUAAUAGUUCCAUCUUUAAUAAAUGAUGAUGAUUUGAAAGAUUUAGCUAGUUUUCGGUAUUCAAGGCGAGUUCCUGCUGUUGUUUGGCGGCAUCAACAAAAUGGAUGCGUCAUUGCUCGCAGUAGUCAACCAAAAAUGGGUAUUUUGAGUUGGAGAAAUGCAAAUGACGAGAAAUUAAUCGAAGCCAUUUCAGUUGCUUGUGUUAUGGAUCCUGGCUAUAAUAUAAAGCUUGACUCUCCUGAUGAAACUUUUCUUAGAAGGGAUAUUGAGUCUGAUAUGUCUAUUUUUUGUGGUCAAGAUCAGGAAAAGAAAGCGCUUCAGAAGAAACUACUUAUAAUUGAUGCUCGCUCAUAUGCUGCAGCUAUGACAAAUAGAGCAAAAGGAGGGGGCUAUGAAUGUGAUGGUUAUUACUCUAAUUGUGAAAUUCAGUACAUGGGUCUUGCAAAUAUUCAUACGAUCCGUAAUAGUUUUGCUUGUCUUCGAGCUUUAUGUGCUCUUUCAGAUGAUCAAAAUUGGCUUUCUUCUUUGGAAAAUACAAAAUGGUUACAUCACAUCUCAGGAUUAUUAAGAGCUGCUCUAUUAGUAGUGAAUGCAGUUGAUGUUGAGGAGAGACCUGUUUUAGUACAUUGCUCUGAUGGUUGGGAUAGAACGCCUCAAAUUGUAGCACUGGCAGAAAUUAUGUUAGAUCCAUAUUACCGAACUAAAAAGGGUUUUCAAGUGCUAGUUGAGCGAGAAUGGUUAGAAUUUGGACAUAAGUUUGGUGAUCGCUGUGGUCACCCAGAUGGUACUGAUGACAGAAAUGAAAGGAGUCCUGUAUUUUUACAGUGGUUGGAUUGUAUAUAUCAACUUUUACAGCAAUUUCAAUGCCAUUUUGAAUUCAAUGAACAAUAUUUGGCACGACUGGCUAUUCAUACCUAUUCCUGUUUAUUUGGAACUUUUCUUUGCAACACUGAUGAAAGUAGAAGACGAACUUAUAGUGUUCCUCUUAGAACGUUUUCAAUAUGGCCUGUGCUGAAUGAAAAAAGUCAAUUUCAUAAUUAUUUAUACAGUCAUAGUAAUGAGAUUUUAAGGCCAUCUUACCAAAUUAGGAGCUUGUCAUUUUGGAAUGAUGUAUAUCUUCCUAACUGUUCUGCUAAUUUAGGGAAAUCAACUAUUCUACCUGUUGAAGAACCUCCUCCAUUGAUUGAAAAUGUCGAAAAAACUAAUCUUGUAAAAACUAAAUCUUGUGAUAAUAUCCAUAGCUCUGAGCAUUCUCAAAUUUUGCACCGACGUAACAGUGACCCAUCAUUAGUGGAGAACACAUUUCCUGAGCCUCCUUUGCUUUAUCCUAAAGUUCCUGAUUUUAAUGAGGGUGAUGUAUCAACUUGCUCUUCAAGCCAAAAAGUUAUGAAUGGAAUUAUCUCUAAUAGCGAAUCUGAAAAUGAAAGUAGUUUGGUAGAAAAAGGUGGUGACCAGUUAGAUAGUAGGACUAAUUUUAAAGAGAUGGCUUCCAGUUCAAAUUUAGUUUUACAAAAACCAGGUAUCAAUGGCUCUACUGAUACUCUAGUCAGUGAAAGUGGAGUCCUUGUAUCAGAACUUAGUAAAAGUGAGAAUAAAGAUAGGCCAGGUGUAUCUUCUGACUUCAAACAAGUGUCAAGUGUUGGUACCGAUACUAGUGACUUAUCCUUAUCAAUUGAAGACAUCUUACAAUCUAUCACUUUAAAUGGUAACUAUAUGGACUCUAGAUUACCUAACUGGUUUCAAAAUGUUAUAGGGGCAUAUAUUUGUAGUAAAAGGAAUGGCUCAACCAAUUCUUGUAGCUGCAGUUAUACCACUCCUAAUCACUCUCGAACUCCGAGCUCAGGUUUUCCUGCUACACCUUGUGAUGAUCCUAGCGAAAUGCCAAAUUUAAAAAAAGAUAUAGUUUGUCAGACAAUGGACUUUGAUGGCCUAAACCUUGUACCAAAUUUUGUUCAAGAAAGAAUUAAGAAACUUAUUUUGCACUACAAGAAUAAAGUGGGGAACCUUCAUAUGGAGUUAUCAGCAGCAAGAUGUGAAUUUUUGCAACAUAUAUGCCAUUAUUAUCAGAGCAAAGAAGGCAGGUGCUUAGAUGGGGAUGAAGCUCCCUCUUUGGCCGAUUCUGCUUCUAGUGGUGAUCCCCUUCCAGAAAGUAAUGGAUCCGAAAGUAGCUGGGAUAUGUUGUGGUCACCAGAUCAUGCUGCAGCUAAUGUCACAGUGAAGAUGUGAUUUUUUCUUAAUUAUCAAAUUUAGUUUUGUUCCUGAAAACUUUUCAGCAUGACUGGAAACAAUGUUCAAGAUUUUAGAUUUUGUUCAACAAAAACAAUCAUCUUCCUUAACUAAUCUGGGUUCCUACUACAUUGAAAAUAUUUACUAAGAAAAAGAUGAUACCUACUUGUAUCUCAUUUACUGGAUGACUUAAAAUCUUUUAUCUUUUUGCUAGUGCUAAUAUAUUCAAGUUAUUUUUACUAAAUUAAAAGUCACUUUAUUUAUGUUUUUAAAUUGUGUUGUAUUGCUUAUACAAAUGUACACUUAUGUUUAUUGUUUGAAAUUAAUUUGUAAUAUAAAUACUAUUUACAUACACAAAUCUAUGUAGUUAUUGAAAUUUUUGUCUUAAAAGUUUCUUUACAGAAUUGGAAACUCUACCGCAUAAUAAUAGUGAGACAUUAUUCUUCUUUUACGUUUUUAUCAGAUUAUUUUUAAAUGUGAAAUUUUUUUAAAAAAAACCAAAACUUUUACUUUAAAUAAAAAAAGAAAUUCUUUAUAAAUUUUAAAACAAUAUGGGUACUAUUUUUUUUACUCAAUUACUAAAUCAAAAUAUUUAAUUGAAUCUUUUCCAAUUUGGUUUGAUUGAGUAGUCACCAAACAGUGGUUUUCAACCAGAAAGUCUUUAACGACAUGCACUUAAAUGUGUGAAUCGAGAUAUAAAUCAAAUUCGAGAAAGUGAGAUAUCUAAAAUCAUGGAAACUUUUAAAUGAGUUGAUUAUAUUUGGUUGUUCAGACAUAAAAGGCAAUUUCUAUUGUGGUUACCUUUUAAUAAAGAAUUACAAUAAAAAAUUAAAAUUUUUAUGACUUCUUAUUAACGUUUAAGCAUUUCCGCUAUAUGAUUAAUAAAAAUUGAGCGCAAAAAAUCGACUAUAAGUAAAUUAAGCAGACACUGGAGCAACAUAAAUUAUAUUUACUUAAAUAAUUAAUGUUCCACCUACCCAAACUUAAAAUUUCUUAACAAUUAAUUCUACCUUGUGAACUAUUUCUCUAGUUUUUUUUUUACCCCCGCAAUUAUUAAAGGUGGAAACCAUUGCUCUUGAUUAUUACCAACUAAAUAAGUCUAAAAUAUAUGAAGUACACUUAAUGGUGUCCUGACAAAUAUUAAAUUUUAAACUACUGCUUUUAAUUUAGGACAAACCUCUUACCAUUUAAAAGCAGGUCUAAAAACUUUGAAUUACGGGAAAGACAGUUGUGCUGUUGCUGUUAAUGAAUGGGUUUUAUCUUACUUAAAUAAAUGUUAUUUCCUUCAUUUUGAAAAAAUAUGUAUAUAUACAUAUUAAAAAUUAAAUUCAAAUCAAAGAGGGAAAAUAUUUGCUAUUAUAUAGAUAAUGAAGCUCGAUUUUUUUUACUGACCUAUUAAAUGUUAUUUUACCUUAAUUUGUAUAAAAUAAACAAGAGACUUCUUAUUUGAAUGUAUAUAUUGGUUGACUUAAUCGAUCUAUCAUUUACGUGUAGGGUUUAGAAAAGUUUUAUCUUUAUGUUAUACUCAAAAUUUUUAUUUUAUUUAGUUUCUCAAUAUUUUUGAAAUAAACUCAAUUUAUGAUUCUUUCUUUAUGAAUGUAUGUAAAUUUAUAUUUCUUAUUUAUACAUAUUGUUUACCUUAUAUGAAUCAUCCAGUUACAAAACUUAUUUUAGAUUUCAUCCAGAUUUUUUUUUUUUUUAAAUUGAAAACAUCUUCUGAAUCGGGUUUAUUUUCAAUGACUCAAAACUGAACAUAAAAACAGAAAAGCUGUUAAGUCUGUAACGCAAGUUAUUUUCAUUUAGAAAAAAAAAUCUGAGUGGCAUUUAAUAUAUUUUGAAACUGGUAAAAUUCUAAAGGAUUGUAGUUUUUAGUGAUUGUAACUCUGGAAAGAAUUGGAAAAUGGUUGCUCCUUAAAUUGUUAAAGUUUUCCGAUAAAAUGUACUAUAUUUCUGUGAAGAAAAAAAAAAUUAAAUUUGGAUCUUCAAAAAAAAAAAGUAUGAAAUAAUAUUUUCAUUAUAUUAUUUUUAAUAAUAUUGUACAUAAAAAUAUAAAAUAUUAGUCCAAAAUGUGAGAAAAAUGCCUGACUGUAUAAUUUGAAUAAAGCUUUUCCACACUUUAUGCAAA